UAGCUUUUUAAGCAGAAUAUUUGGUUUAUUAGCAUACAAUUAAAUUGCUGGACUAUCGAAGCCAUCCAUCCAACCCAUGUAUUCAGAUCCUGCAGUUCAAAGAAGAUUCAAAGGACACUGUAAUAGACUUUCGAAGGCUGAAAUGGAGCGUACAUAUGAGACGGAGGUGAAGCUGAACGUGGAACACCCUGAACCCAAGCCCCAGGACAGGGGCAAGUGGGGCAGCAAAAUUGAGUUUUUCUUGGCAGUAGCUGGACACAUUGUCGGUCUGGGAAACGUAUGGAGGUUCCCAUACCUGUGCUAUAAAAAUGGAGGAGGGGUUUUCUUUGUCCCCUAUAUUCUGUUCCUGUUCACCUGCGGUGUUCCCCUCUUCUUCCUGGAGACAUCGAUGGGCCAGUACACUAGUCAGGGUGGAAUCACUUGCUGGAGGAAAAUCUGCCCACUCUUUGAAGUUAAGUCUUAAGGAUUGGGCCUGGGCUAUGGAAGCCAAGUGGUAGUUUUGUACACUGGAGUGUAUUACAUCAUCAUUCUGGCUUGGGCGUUCCUAUACCUCUUCUCUUCCUUCAGCUCAGAACUCCCAUGGGCCAGUUGUAAAAAUAGUUGGAACACAGACAACUGUUUUGAGCAUGGCCAGAACAGCACAAUCUCUGACCACUCUCAUGGGAACACUACAUCCUCAGUCAUUGAAUUUUGGGAGAGAAGAAUAUUGGGCUUGUCUGGGGGAAUUGAAGAAAUUGGGAAUAUUCGCUGGGACCUAUCUCUGUGUCUUCUACUGUCCUGGAUUAUCUGUUACUUCUGUGUCUGGAAAGGAGUGAAGUCUACUGGAAAGGUGGUCUACUUCACUGCCACCUUCCCCUAUGUGAUGCUGGUGGUGUUGCUAGUUCGUGGACUCACACUGCCGGGGGCCAUAGAUGGUAUCAAAUACUACCUCUACCCAGACCCAGCCCGCCUCGCUGACCCACAGGUAUGGAUGGAUGCUGGAAGCCAGAUAUUUUACUCCUAUGGAGUUUGUACAGGGGUUUUGACAACUUUAGGCAGCUACAACAAGUACAACAACAACUGCUACAGGGACUGUGUGUAUCUUUGUCUACUAAACAGUGUGACUAGCUUUGUGGCUGGUUUUGCCAUCUUCUCUGUACUGGGCUUCAUGGCUUAUGAACAGGGCAUGGACAUCUCAAUGGUGGCUGAAUCAGGUCCUGGCCUGGCGUUCAUCGCCUACCCUCGUGCUGUGGCCAUGAUGCCAGUACCCCAACUCUGGGCCAUCUUCUUCUUCAUCAUGAUCAUCCUACUGGGGUUAGACAGUGAGUUUGUAUAUCACGAGGCCUUGGUCACAGCGAUCUCAGACAUGUACCCCUCUUUCUUCCACGUGGGCCAUCUGCGGAAAAAACUUCUCCUGCUUGGCAUCAGUGUGUGCAGCUUCCUGGUUGGCCUGCUAAUGGUCACAGAGGGUGGCCUGUAUGUGUUUCAGCUGUUUGAUUACUAUGCCUGCAGUGGGAUGACUCUCCUGGUCUUUGCUAUUCUCCAGGCCGUCUGUGUUGGGUGGUGUUAUGGUGCGGAGCGACUGUAUGUUAAUAUUGAGGACAUGAUUGGCUAUCGUCCUUGGCCAUUCAUGAAGUACUGUUGGAUGUACAUCACACCGGUCAUAUGCACAGGUACGCUUGUCUUCUCCCUGGUCAAGUAUACCCCCCUCAAGUUCAACAACACUUAUGAGUACCCCUGGUGGGGCUACGCCAUUGGUGGAUUCUUCACUCUCUCCUCGACAUUACUGGUACCUCUCUGGAUGCUGUACAAGAUGAGUGUCACCCCUGGAUCACUGCGGCAGAGAAUGAAAGCGUUAACCAGUCCAGCAGAGGAUCUACCCAAACCCAUGUCACAGAAGGAGGCCCUCAACCCCUCAGAAGUGUUUCAGACGUUCACAGAGCUUUACACAUUACGGACACCGAGCCAAACCCCUACAGUCACCAUCUCCCAGCUGAGUGAAGCACCAGCACCAGCACACAGACGGUGUCCAUUUACACCAUGAACAUGGAAACUUAAAGAACCCGUGGUGGAGUGGGAAACAUUCCCGGCUCUUUGCACAUUAACUCUGACCCCGGAGACAGGGGUUCGAUGCCGGCGUCCAGCUUUCCUACUAUGUCUCCUCUUAAAACUAUUUCCCUCUCUGUUUCUCAUUUAUCUGAAAUAAAAUGAGACAAAACAAAAACACACUUCCACAGAUGGGUGUGAAAUUCUCUGAAAGCACUUUUCUAGCAUCCUCAUCACAAACAGACUCCCUUAUCACAAAACUGAAACGCACACAGGCACGCACGCAGACACACACAUUGAGACGUGUACAAAACAGCACUGCCCUACAUCUUCUGAAACGGCACGCAGACAGACUACUAUCCCAAAUGACGGGACCCAAGGAGACACAGUUACAGUAAACAUCCUAUACAUACAGCUAUCUGAUGAAUGGCAAUGACAAAAUAUUGUAAAUGUAAUUAUAUAUAUAGUGCGGAGAUCAUCCGUUCACCCACACCGCGUCUCACAAAGGCACGGCGGUUUGAACCAAAAAUAUAAAAA